AUGUCCUACACAAACAAAACAGCCCUCAUCAUCGGCGGCAGCCACGGCAUCGGCCUCGCAACCGCCCAGCUCCUCCACUCCCAAGGCGCCAAAGUCCUCGUCACGGGCCGCAGCCCAGACCCCAUCCGCUCCGCGCAAGCCCAGCUCGGCCCCGCCGCCAAAGUCAUCCCCUGCGACAUCACCUCGUUAGUAUCGAUCGACACCCUCGUCGAGACAUCCUCGUCCUUCUUCGGGGAUGGCCGCACCCUCGACCUCCUCUUCAUCAACGCGGGCUACGCCGCACUUGAGCCCUUCGCAGACGUCUCGGAGGCCUCCUUCCGCCGCACCUUCGACACAAACGUCUUCGGCGCGUUCUUCGUCGCGCAGAAACUCGCGCCGAGGGUCGCACCCGGCGGCGCGAUCGUCUUUACCACCUCGGUCGCGAAUCAGAUAGGGAUUCCGGGGAUGAGCGUGUACUCCGCGUCCAAGGCGGCGGUGCACUCGUUUGUGCAGACGCUGGCGGCGGAGUUGGUGGGUAUGCAGGUGCGUGUGAAUGCCGUGUCGCCUGGAUUUGUGAGGACGCCGACGAUGGGGGUUGUGGGGGCGUCGAGGGAGGAAUUGGCCGAGUUUGAGGGGCAGGGGGUGAAGAGCACGCCGAUGGGGAGGAUUGCGGAGCCGGGGGAGGUGGCUAGGGCUGUGGUGUUUCUGGGGUUCGAGGCGAGCUUCACUACGGGGGAGCAGGUUGUUGUUGAUGGGGGGUUAGCUACGUUGCGGUUGCAUUAA